UAAAAGAUAUACUUUAGAAUUUAAAUUUUAGAGAUUAAUCUAUAUUUGGAAAAGUUAUCCAGAAUAUCAGAUACUUUUGGCGCGUUAUUUCAUCCGCUACUAUUGAUGCUGACUGUACCUGUGAUACUUAAUAAUAGCUCCCGUUCAAGGCAGCCAAUAGUGACCGACGAAAAACUACGGAACCCUACACUGAGCAUGGCCUGGAAUUUCAUCCGUUACGAUAGAGGUUAAGAAAGUUUAUCUCUACAUUUUACAAUACUAUAAACAAGAUAAUUAUAAUUGAGUAAUAUACGAUUCCUAUUUAGUUAGGCAUCACCCAAAGACAAGAUACACUCAAGAGAACGAAGUGCUUCGCUUUUAUUGCUCUCGAAUGUAUUAGUAAUUAUUUAGGUUUAUACUCAAAUAUUCAUGAAUAUUAUAUACUAAAUGAUAUAUUUUUUUAUUAUAGUUACCUACUUCAUGAUUGAAAAAUAGGAUAACAUAUAGUGCAGUCUUAAAAUAUGUACAAAAAUAUAAAUUUUAAAUAAUAAACUCAAAUAACACGAUAGCAAUGAGUUCAAUGAAAGUAGAUGUGAGUUAAACAAAAUCUACGAUUUAUCAGCAAGGAGAGUUAUAUAGGUGUAACAAAACGGGCUUAGAUCAAACACAGCACUAUCACAAAACACUCCUUUUAAUAUUCGCAACAAUUCCUCAUCUCUGUUUCACGUCUUAUUUACCUCGAGAAGUUGGGACCCGUGAGCUAUUUUGUUUGAAUUUUGUGAAACAAAACAUGGUGCAAUGCAUAAACUUUAAACGCAAGAUCGACGAGAAGCCAUGGAACAAUAAAACAAACAAAAGCCUAUCUGGCCCGGAGCACUGCCGCGGCGGGCUCCGCCCCCAGCUGGCGCUCGUUUGCCAUUGGUCGCCCGCAGCCGCCCCCGACGCAGGGGCGCUCUUCGCAAUGGGGGCAAACGAGAUGCAGCAUCCCUAUAAAGAUUUUACAUCGAUUAUGGGGGUAUGGGAGCAGGCCGUUUCGUUCUAGCCCGUGGGCGGUGGCGUUCGGUCCUCUCGCGCAGUCGCGAACAAUUAAAACGUGCGGGGCGGCUUGUGCGCGGCGACGGCGACGUCACUAUAAUGUGGUUAGUCAGUGAGCGUCGGGGCCGGGCCGACGGCGACGGCACGCAGCACGAGGCCCGCAGCUCGCUCGGAGAGCGCUGGUCGAUCAGCCCGCGAGCCGGCCACAGCACGGUGGAGUUCAAGAGUGCGGCGUGCGCGGCGGCCGGGGAGCCGCCCGCGCCGCCUUUGUCAGCGCUGCCGGAUCCGCAGCAGUUCAACAUCUUCCCCGCCUUCUUCAGCAGGCAGCUUAACUUUACUGGUGGAGGCGGAUGCGGCCAAGGGUCGAAGAUUAUGGAGGAGUUACGGCCGAACCUAGUCGGAGGGUUGCUUGGAGUCGGGGGGUUGUUGGAUGAGCACGGGGCGGACGCCAAGUUCCUGCCGGGCGGAGAGAGCAAAUACACGCCGGACAAGGGUCGCAAGUGCAGCAACGCGUCGAGCUCGUCGGCGGAGGAGUUCGGCGCGCUGUACGGCGGCGAGCACGCGGCCACACCGCCCGCACCGCCGCUCAGCCGCUCACUACAGGAUCAUACACCUGAAGGCGCCUUCAAAAAGUUAAAACCGGAGCCCGGCGCGAACAACGGCACAUCGGGAGCGACGUCGGCACUAUCUCCCGCGUUGGGUCCCCAGCACGCGGGGCACACCCCAACGACGGCAUCGUGUCCUACGCCCGCAAGGAGGCGGCAUCGGACAACCUUUACACAGGAACAAUUAGCAGAAUUAGAAGCAGCAUUCGCGAAAUCACACUACCCUGACAUUUACUGUAGAGAAGAGCUCGCGCGGACCACGAAGCUGAAUGAAGCGAGGAUACAGGUCUGGUUUCAAAAUAGGCGUGCCAAAUACCGCAAGCAAGAGAAGCAACUACAGAAGGCGCUAGCACCGGCGGUACUACCUGGCUGCAACGGUAUGAUGCGCAACAUCCAGGGCUACCGGGGCUACCAGCCCUACCCGCACCCCAACACCAUCAACCGGUAUCCACAGCACCACGGGAGCUACGAGGAGCUGCAAAAAGACAUCUUCUCGCUCUCGCAAAUGGGCGGGGGCUCGUACCCCAUGACCCAGGGCUUCUCCAUGGGGCACGGGGCCAACAUGAGCGCCGUCGGUAUGAGGCAAGAUGCCAUGGGCAUGAGCGCAGAAGACGAGUGGUACAACAAGUCACUAUCGGCCCUGCGGAUGAACAGCGGGCACCACGCGAACCUAGCCGCCGCGCCCAUGCUGCAGUACCAGACCUAAUCGUUGCUCCACGGCGCCGACUACUCGGCGUCGGCGUCGCCGUACGCGCCCCCUUAGCCUAAAAGGUGAAGCUACGAUAGACGCGACAGUGGCGUUGCGAUUAUACCGCCGACUUUGCCUAGUCAUAAAAUUGAAACUGAUCUCAAAGUGAAAUAUUUUGUUUCCUAAUUUAUUGAAGCUGCACCGCAGACUGGAACCCGAAAGGUGAUUAAAGAAAGUUCACGGUACGAAGUGUACAUCCACGCGAAAAAAAUAAGUGAUUAAACUAUGUAUAAAUUAUUUCUGCAACUAAUUAUAAUUCGGUAUGUAUAUUCGUUAUUUAUUUUCUAGUCAACGCCACUGUACCAAACUAGUUUUUCCUAGCAAUUCAACUUUCUUGGAAAAGAGAUAUCGAUUUAUUUAUAUGUAUUAUACAUUUUUAUAGCUGACCAUACACACUAAGAUAUGCCUGCGCAGUUUUAUCAACUGCACAUGUAAAACGGAGGGUAUAAUGGUAUUAUACUGUGCAGUUGAACUGUACAGCAUACAUGGCCAGCUUAAUGUACAAUUCCCACCGACCGGCUGGAGUCGGGCCGCGCCGGAACGGCUUUGAGUACAAUGUGCCUAUACAUUAUGUAUGGCAGAAGCAAUGACGUCCCUCCGGAGCCGGUCGCAUACGCGAAGAGUCGACUGGCUUCCGGCAGUAUAAAUAUGAAAUGCGCGCCGACUCCCAUUCGGUGGAAAUCGGACUUUAAGCUGUGACUUUUUGACUUACUUCAAAUCGUUAUAAAAAUUCGAGGAUCAGAAUCGAAGUUUAAUAUGGCUAUAUUAUACUACAAUAUUAUAAAAAGAUGAUAACAAAUUGUAUCAGUAGAGCAAAGAUGGUCGGUUUUUUAUCAUUAGUCACCAUGCCUGUCCCGUUCUAACAAGUAUGUAAGUGCGAAAGUGACGCAUGACAUGACACGUGAUUAAAAUGCGACCAUGAUACCGCUGCAGAUUAUGUUUCUACCGAGUAACACAAAAAAUGUGACUGACUCAGCUGUCAAAUAUGAAUUUACUUUUGCGUUUUAUAUACGGUUCAAAUAGUUAUGAUGAAAAAUUAGAGGAAAAAUCAUAAUUUGUUACAUAAUAAAUAAUCGAGUCAUUCUUUAAAGGUGCAGUGGGUUCAGCCAGGAGGCUUUUUGAAAAAUCGAAGAACUUUUUCAGAUCAUAAUACGGUUGCCAAAAAAAAUGAAUAGCAAUCUUGAGGCCUUUUUCUCGUUACUUCAUCGAUUUGAAACCUGAUUACAUUAGCACAAAAUCUAAAAAUAUAAAAAAUUCUCCCAUUAAUUCGUAAUUUUAUUUUUAAUUGAACUGAUCGAUUACUUUUUUUUGUUAAAACUGGCUAAAAAUAACAAUUCAUAAACAGUGAUAUCAGGCCGCGUAGCCAACGUGCAAAUCUCUUACGCUCCGUAGCGAUCGAAACGCAACUAUCACUGUCGAACUUAUAUUGAAGAAUGCUAAAGAGACACAAAACGUUUCGGUGUCGAAGCGAUAGCGAUUGUCACCUUCGCUAGGUCGGCUGCGAUCCCGGACACGCACAGCCGUAUCGCUCACGCUCAGUAAGAGAGAGGAGAACCUGAACUCACGGCGCCUUAACACUUCCCAGUCACAUAGACAGUAAGAACAAAAUGUAAGACUUCAAUGAUCGAACUAAUAAAGUAAUAUGUUAUUUUAUAUUCAUAUGAAUCUUCUACAUAAUUCGCAAACUUCUCGUUCGGCCAAAGUCUUCAAUUAAAUUAUCUAGUAUUUUUUAUGACAUUAAGAUACAAU